CUUCAUUGCACCUUCGCCAUUUCCUCCCCCUUUUCACGGCUCACUUUUUUGUGACCCCCCCAUGACUGCCAAUGGUUUCGUAGCUGUUGUGUUUUAACCCUUCGACUACAAUGCAAUAGCUUGCCUCCCAGACUUGAUGCCUUCCUGGUGGUCAAUCCUCUGUGGUCCAAGAACAUUUUGUGUCUUUGUACGUUUUCUUCCUCAUUUAUACAUAUAUAUAUAUAUAUAUAUAUAAUCUACAUUCGUAUCAACUUCCAACCUUGCGGCCAACAACAUUGUGGGCUCAAAGUUUUAUCUUCAGUACUCUGGUUUGGAAAAAUACUUCCAUUAUUAUGUGCAACGUGAUUUUUUUAUUUUUAUUUGUGCGUGCAAUAAAAUAGUGAUGCCCACUGCAGGGUUACCAUGCUUUUUGGUGGGAGAGGUGGUUAGGUAUUCGCUGUUCUCAAAGGGCAAAUUACCAUAACAGACGUGGGUUGCAGAUGGGUUGUGUGUGAGUCGAAGGGUUAACAUUCCCAUUUGAGCCGGUAAAGGGCAGUGGCCCCCUUGUCGUAUGUAGCCUGUGAGGAUUGAGAGUACGUUUUGAGGGUUAGUUCUGGUGUAAAUCACCUGCCAAUGAACUUGAGCCGAGCUCAAUAACAGAUGACAAACAACAAUCUUCUUAUUUAAAGACCGAGCUUCACCAAUCCCAUGACAGGCAGAAAGAUGCCCGGUCAUUUUUGAAGAAAAAGCUCGUUGGGCCUCAGCGUAGGAAAUAGCAAGCUACACAUAUCAGGGUUAAAAGUAAAUAACCAUUUUUACAAAUUUGUAAAGCGUUAAAACCUAAACUAGUCACCUCCCAUUAUCAUUUCUCAAUUUUUAUUGACUGACAAUCUGAGAUUAAAUGGCCCGAGUGCCUCUGGUUUGAUAGUUAGGGCUUAUCUAAAGCCUGCAUGUAGAGAGAGUUAUUGUACAAAGUUGUUGUGUAAAUAUAUUUUUAUUUUACAACUCUCUCUGUAAAAUAGAAAUAUGUUAUCAAGAAAAUUGUGUACCACAAUACCACAGGCCCAUACUAACUGUCCCUAAUUUCUCUCCUACAGCAGUACUGCUUUGCCAGUCCUGUACUGCACUCUGUUAAGGGUGCAGCAACUCAUCCUGUGUAGGUUAUGGGGAACACAGAACUGUGCACUUAUCAGUUUGGUCAGGGUCCAGUGGCUGGUUUUUAUUUGGCUUAUCAAUUUCUUAGAAAUUUAGAAUAAACGCCCCUUGCAUUUGUAAUGGAAAACUACUGCCCAAAAUAUUUGGCUACUUAUCUUUACCCAUCAGUCACCUUGUUCCCCAAAGGAAGUCAAGAUCUAAAUGUAUUCUCAUUGGAUAAUUACCAGGGCUGUUAUGACAUGUCAAUGGGGCUCUGGCAUGUUGUAUCCCUGUAUUUCUGAUAGUUGGGUUAGAUUCAUCAUUAUAUUUCUGCCUCAUCUUUAUAUUAGAAUGCCAGAAUAGAUUCUCGUAUAUUUAAUGGUAAUGUCAUUCCAAGAUGUAGUCUCAAAAUCUUGACUUCAUUUUUAUAUGCUAGUAUAAAGAAGCAUUGGGAAUCUGGACCUCAUGAUCUCUAUCAUUUUCUUUUUCUAGUUUUGUGGUUAUGGCCCAAGACUUUUUUUUUUUUUUUUUGAGUUCCGUAAAUCAAUGCAUCGCAGGUGGUAUACUGUUGUGUGUGAGUUCAAACCCUUUUCCAAAGUGUUACUAAUGGUAAAGAGACAUUUUCUAGGCCUCUUUUCUGCCGGUUGAAGUCUGACUGCAGAAGGACCAUGGCACUGAAAGUGAGGCAAAACGCCGGACCCCAAGCUGCAGGGCAGGUCGUACGUGGAAGUCAUGUUGGAGCAAAACCUGUCCAAAGAGGAGAGGGAGAUCCGCCUGCAGAUGGUAGAGAAGGCCAAAGCUGGGGACCUGAAAGUCGUCAACGGGUCCGCUGCCUCCGCAGCUGCCGCGAAACGCAAGCGUCGCUGGGAUCAAACCGCAGACCAAACCCCCACUAAUACCACACCCAAAAAGAUGUCCAGCUGGGACCAGGCUGACUCCUCUGCUGAGACUCCAGGACACACCCCCGGACACACCCCCGCGCACACCCCCUCAAACAGCCGGUGGGAUGAAACCCCCGGGCGCGCAAAGGGCAGCGAGACCCCAGGGGCCACUCCCAGCACCCGCAUGUGGGACCCCACUCCCAGCCACACACCCGCCGGUGCAGCCACCCCCGGCAGGGGGGAUACGCCGGGCCACGCCACGCCCGGCCAUGGUGGAGCCACGGGGAGCGUACGCAAGAACCGCUGGGACGAAACCCCGAAGACUGAGAGGGAGACCCCGGGACACGGGAGCGGCUGGGCUGAGACGCCACGCACAGACAGAGGGGACGAGUCGGUGGGCGAGACACCAACCCCGGGGGCCAGUAAGAGGAAGUCCCGGUGGGAUGAGACCCCUGCCAGUCAGAUGGGAUCCUCUACGCCACUGCUGACCCCAGGAAAGACUCCCAUCGGAACGCCAGCUAUGAACAUGGCUACACCGACGCCAGGUCACCUGAUGAGCAUGACUCCCGAGCAGCUGCAGGCGUGGAGGUGGGAGAGGGAGAUCGAUGAGAGGAACCGGCCGCUCACAGACGAUGAGCUCGAUGCCAUGUUCCCAGAGGGAUACAAGGUUUUGCCUCCACCAGCCGGCUACGUGCCGAUCCGCACUCCGGCCCGUAAGUUGUCGGCCACGCCGACCCCCAUUGGAGGCAUGACAGGCUUCCACAUGCAGGUGGAGGACCGCACCACCAAGCAGAUGAACGACCAGCCCUCAGGAAACCUGCCCUUCCUCAAACCCGAUGACAUCCAGUACUUUGACAAACUGCUGGUGGAGGUGGACGAGUCCACGCUGAGCCCCGAGGAGCAGAAGGAGAGAAAGAUUAUGAAGCUGCUGCUUAAGAUUAAGAAUGGAACACCGCCCAUGAGAAAGGCCGCUCUGCGUCAGAUCACAGAUAAAGCCCGUGAAUUCGGAGCAGGCCCGCUGUUCAAUCAGAUUCUGCCGUUGCUCAUGUCGCCCACCUUGGAGGACCAGGAGCGCCAUCUGCUGGUUAAAGUCAUUGACCGCAUUCUCUACAAACUGGAUGACUUGGUUCGACCAUACGUACACAAGAUCCUUGUGGUGAUUGAGCCCCUGCUGAUUGAUGAGGACUACUACGCCAGAGUAGAAGGCCGAGAAAUCAUUUCCAACUUGGCAAAGGCUGCCGGUUUGGCCACCAUGAUCUCCACGAUGCGACCCGAUAUCGACAACAUGGACGAGUACGUCAGAAACACCACGGCCCGAGCCUUUGCCGUGGUGGCCUCCGCCCUGGGCAUUCCCUCCCUCCUGCCUUUUCUCAAAGCUGUGUGUAAGAGCAAGAAGUCCUGGCAGGCCCGGCACACGGGCAUCAAGAUCGUGCAGCAGAUCGCCAUCCUCAUGGGCUGCGCCAUUCUGCCCCAUCUUCGCAGCUUGGUAGAGAUCAUCGAACACGGUCUGGUAGACGAGCAGCAGAAGGUGAGGACCAUCAGCGCCCUCGCUAUAGCUGCCCUGGCUGAAGCUGCUACGCCCUACGGUAUCGAAUCCUUCGACUCCGUCCUCAAGCCGCUCUGGAAGGGCAUCAGACAACACAGAGGAAAGGGUCUGGCUGCUUUCCUCAAAGCUAUCGGCUACCUGAUCCCACUGAUGGACGCAGAGUAUGCGAACUACUACACCAGAGAGGUGAUGCUGAUUCUCAUCAGAGAGUUCCAGUCCCCCGACGAGGAGAUGAAGAAGAUUGUACUCAAGGUGGUGAAGCAGUGUUGUGGUACCGAUGGUGUGGAAGCAAACUACAUCAAGACGGAGAUCCUGCCUCCCUUCUUCAAGCACUUCUGGCAGCACAGGAUGGCUCUGGACCGACGCAACUACAGACAGUUGGUGGACACCACAGUGGAGUUGGCCAACAAAGUGGGAGCUGCAGAGAUCAUCUCUCGCAUCGUCGACGACCUGAAGGACGAGGCGGAGCAGUACAGAAAGAUGGUGAUGGAGACCAUCGAGAAAAUCAUGGGCAACCUGGGCGCGGCCGACAUCGACCACAAGCUGGAGGAGCAGCUGAUCGACGGCAUCCUGUAUGCCUUCCAGGAACAGACCACCGAGGACUCCGUCAUGCUCAACGGUUUCGGCACGGUGGUCAACGCCCUCGGGAAGCGCGUGAAGCCCUACCUGCCUCAGAUCUGCGGUACGGUGCUCUGGCGCCUCAACAACAAGUCGGCCAAAGUCCGUCAGCAGGCCGCCGACCUGAUCUCCCGUACCGCCGUGGUGAUGAAGACCUGCCAAGAGGAGAAGCUCAUGGGUCACUUGGGGGUGGUGCUGUACGAGUACCUGGGAGAGGAGUACCCCGAGGUGUUGGGUAGCAUCCUGGGAGCGCUGAAGGCCAUCGUCAACGUCAUCGGUAUGCACAAGAUGACUCCACCAAUCAAAGACCUGCUUCCUCGUUUGACCCCCAUCCUGAAGAACAGGCACGAGAAGGUGCAGGAGAACUGCAUCGACCUGGUGGGCCGCAUCGCUGACAGGGGGGCUGAAUAUGUGUCGGCCAGGGAAUGGAUGAGGAUCUGUUUCGAGCUGCUGGAGCUGCUGAAGGCUCACAAAAAAGCCAUCCGCAGAGCUACAGUCAACACGUUUGGUUACAUCGCCAAAGCCAUCGGACCCCACGACGUCUUGGCCACUCUGCUCAACAACCUGAAGGUCCAGGAGCGUCAGAACCGAGUCUGCACCACCGUGGCCAUCGCCAUCGUCGCCGAGACCUGUUCCCCGUUCACGGUGCUGCCGGCGCUCAUGAACGAGUACCGCGUGCCGGAGCUCAACGUGCAGAACGGCGUGCUCAAGUCCCUCUCCUUUCUGUUCGAGUACAUCGGAGAGAUGGGCAAAGACUACAUCUACGCCGUCACGCCGCUGCUGGAGGACGCGCUCAUGGACAGAGAUCUGGUCCACCGACAGACCGCCAGCGCCGUGGUCCAGCACAUGUCUCUGGGCGUCUACGGUUUCGGCUGCGAGGACUCCCUCAACCACUUGCUCAACUACGUGUGGCCCAACGUGUUUGAGACGUCGCCUCACGUGAUCCAGGCCGUCAUGGGCGCCCUGGAGGGCCUGCGGGUCGCAAUCGGGCCGUGCCGCAUGCUGCAGUACUGCUUACAGGGUUUGUUCCAUCCGGCCAGGAAGGUGCGAGACGUCUACUGGAAGAUUUACAACUCCAUCUACAUCGGCUCGCAGGACGCGCUCAUCGCUCACUACCCACAGGUCUACAACGACGAGAAGAACAUGUACGUCCGCUACGAGCUGGACUACGCCUUGUAA